AUGACAAGGUUCGGCUUUCUUCUUCGCUUCAAGAGAACUGAGCUCAAGGCAUUCUUCACCUUACCUUUUUCAUCUGUCGUGUGGACUUGCCUAAUUUGGACUCUAUUUCUGAGCGCAUCAGUUUUUUAUUUGCUAAGCUACUGGGAGAAACGGCUUCUAGGUGGAGAACUGCUAUUGAAUAAAUACGGACGAAAUUUCUUUUCAGUUCUGCCCCUUCAGGCAAAUCUUUCGUCGCGUCGCAUAGCGUACGUAAUUUUCAUUUUGUGUGCAUACGUCAUACAUUGUUUUUAUACGUCGACCCUGCUCUCUCAUUUAGUGAAUGAUAAGGAUAAAGGAUUGAAUUUAGAGGACUUAGCUAAUACCGACUAUGAGUUCGUGAUUAUUAAGGACAUGAAUCUGAUAACAGAAAAACAUAUUCAAAGUGUGUCCAAAGACAAAUAUCUCAGAAUUGUGGAACAAAAAAUAUAUAAAUCAAAAGUAAUGGAUGUCUACUCCGCCCUUGAAGCAGUGAGGGACACAAAAACUGCCGUACUCACAGAUUAUAUUACACUUUACCCGCUUAUUAAGAGAUUAUUCGAUAAUCAAGCGCAAUGCGAACUAAUAGAAGUGAACCUAUAUUCUAAAGUGAAGAAAUAUAUGUUUACGUCAAGAACCUUCCCGCUAGCGGAGCAAUUUAAAGUCGUAACUCUACGCCUUAAAGAAGCCGGUCUCCUAACAAGGAUCUUACAAUGCGAUCGCUUGUCAAUAUCAUGCAAUGAUAUAGUAAAUCAAGAGCAGGCGGGAAUGUCCUGCAUUUCUACUCCUUUGAUGUUGUUAGCAGGGUCUUAUGCCGUGGCUUUGUUAAUUCUGAUUGUAGAGAAAAUUCAUUUUGAAUUUUGUCAUUUAUGGCCAUAUAUCGAAUAA